AUGGACAUAUCUAGUCAUUUCUUUGAGAAACAAACAACAGCCAGAAAAGAGGAAGUGAAGAGAAAACGUGCCAUCCUAGAGAGGAUAAUUGAAACCAUAAAGCUGAUUGGAAAAAGAGGCCUAAGCUAUCGGGCAACAGCUGAAGCAGCAUAUACGUUAGAUAAUGAAAAGUUGGACCAUGGAAACUUCCUUGAGAUUUUGCUACUCUUAAGCAAGUUUGAUCCCUUGCUGAAAAAUCACUUUGAUACAGUUAUUAAAAAAAGUAAAAAGCAGCAUCAAAGUGCAGCAAGUAGCAAAGGACGUGGUGGCUUUGUUACAUUAAUUACAAAAACUACAGUCAACAAUAUCAUCUGUGUAAUUUCAGCACUUUUGAAAAAAGGUAUUGCCCAAGAGAUCAGAGAUGCCGGCAUGUUCUCAAUACAGCUCGAUACAACACAGGAUAUAAACGUCUCAGACCAGUGUUCAAUAAUAAUUCGGUAUGUCACAGAUGUGGUCCAUGAACGUCUGGUUGCUGUGGAAAAUUGCACAUCCACGCCAGGGAAGGCUUUGUGUGAACUGGUUUGCAAUGUAUUGGAAUCCAUGGAAAUUGAGGUUACGAACUGUGUUGGGAACUCAACAGAUGGAGCUUCGAAUAUGCAGGGUCAGUACAACGGAUUCAGCACAUGGCUGAGUAAUAAAGCACCUGGCCGGAUUCAUGUGUGGUGCUACGCACAUGUACUAAAUUUG